UCUCUGGCUGUCUCUCCUCCUCUCUCUCUGGCUGUCUCUCCUCCUCUCUGGGUCUCUCCUCCCUCCAGCCUCAGGAAGUCCUGACUUUUUCCUCCCAGCUAAAGUUUUCGUUUGGAGAGAGCAGCGAGUGCUGAGACGUUGGGGGUAUGUGAGAGAGAGAGAGACAGAGAUCGGGGAGCUGCAGCCAGCGGGGGGGAUGAGAGACGGGCUGACAGGUGACACAGAGAGACGCCGGCACAGCUCCGUCCAAGAAGAGACCUCUCGGGAAGGUGUUUGAGAUCUCGGGCCGGCUCACCAUGAAGUCCUGGGUCCUGCUCUGCCUGCUGGUCGGCGGUUACCUGGUCUUCCUACUCCUGGGCGCUCUGGUGAUCUCCACCGUGGAGGCGCCCUACGAGGACAGCUUAAGGAAAGAGCUGAGGGAACUGAAACGCCGCUUCCUGGAGGACAGUCCCUGCGUCAACAACACGGAUUUGGAGGUGUUUUUGGAGAAGGUGAUCAGCGCCAACAAGUUCGGGGUCUCUGUGCUGUACAACGCGUCCAACGAGAGCAGCUGGGACUUGGCGUCCGCUUUAUUCUUCGCCAGCACUUUGGUCACCACAGUAGGGUACGGUUACACGACCCCUCUGACCGACACCGGCAAGGCCUUCUGCAUCUUCUACGCCCUGCUGGGGGUCCCGUUCACCAUGCUCAUCCUCAGUACGGCCGUGCAGCGUCUCAUGGCCGUCUUCACCUACAAGCCAAUCCGAUACUUCCAGGUCCGCCGAGGCUUUGACCGUAAAGCCGUCACCAAGGUCCACCUGCUGGUGUUGAUGGUCCUGGUGCUGGUUCUGUUCCUCCUGGUUCCGUCUGCGAUAUUCAACGCCAUCGAGAGCACCUGGAGCUUCCUGGACGCCUUCUACUUCUGCUUCAUCUCGCUUUGCACCAUCGGCCUCGGGGAUUACGUUCCCGGGGAGCAAAGUGACCAGUUCCUACGGCAACUCUACAAGGUGUCCGUCGCCUUCUACCUCUUCCUCGGCCUCUUGGCCAUGCUGCUCGUCCUUCAGUCGUUCCACAAAGCCGCCGACCUCCAUGGACUCACUGACCUUCUCUACCUCCCACGCCUGGUGGACCACGAUGACCAAGAACCCAUCCUGGAGACCACCAACUCCUCCUUAUCAGAGACGGAGAACAAGAGGCCCUUCGCUGCGGUCGCCCAACCUGGUUACGCCUCCAUUAACCGAUAACGCUAACCCUGAGAAGGUCACCGGAACCGGCAGGUGGCCCUCGGACUUUGUGAAGGACGUUCACCCCGUGUCUCUUUU